GUUUACAAUUAUUAUUUAAAAUGAUAACAUCAUUUUUAAGGAGCUGGGUAAUCAUUGGCGAAAUGGAUUUUGGAGGACGCCCUCCUCCUCCAAUGGAUGACACUUAUUUUCCAAGUCUUCUCAAAAAGGAUAUUUGGUCUCAGAUCGAAAACAAUACAAUCAACUUUCCAGCAGAUAUUCGUGGAUGGCUCAAGAAACUGACCGACGAGAAAGAUCUCAUUGAUAACUAUUCUCUUGAAAAACAACCAGCUAUAAAUCAAUGGUUUGCUGAAACUGAUUUUGUGAUUCGAACUCUUCGAUGUGUCAAUCUUCCUGAAUUGGUAGAACAUUAUGAGGAUCAGCUGACUGCACAAAAAAUCUACUUGGAAAAAAUCGAUCACCGGAGUGGAAUUCUUAAAUAUUUGAUUGAGAGACUCGAAAUGGCUGUAGCAGAGGAGGAAAAUAAGAUUGAUAAGCAAGUGGAUAUCGAAAAAGAAGAAACAACAAUUGUAAUGCAAAUCCAGCACUCUAAGAAAAACAAAAAGAAAUCGAAAAAUAAGAAAUAACCAACGACACGAGCAAAUAUCCUCCGAGCAUCUCAUCUACAAGUCUCCAAUAGUAAUUUUAAUUAAUUCAUUAAUUCAUAUCUUCUUCCUUUACUUGUAACUAUGAUCUUAUAAUUCGGAAUAGUUGUUUUUCGCUCACAUUCAGAAUAAAAAAACAUGAAUUUU